UUCCGUCUGGGGCGGGCUGAGUGGCCCUUAAGCGGGCCGUGCCAUGCGACCUCGGGCCCUGCCAACCGUGGGCGAGCUCUGGGUGUGCGGGCGGCCUGGCGCGGCGCUCCGGUGGAGUCUCGUUCUGUUGCCCAGGCUGGAGCAUAGUGGCCUGAUCUCAGCUAACUGCAACCUCUACCUCCUGGCUUCAAGCGAUUCUUCUGCCUCAGCCUCCCGACUGUGUCAGCGUGUUAUGAUGCCGUCCCGUACCAACCUGGCUACUGGAAUCCCCAGUAGUAAAGUGAAAUAUUCAAGGCUCUCCAGCACAGAUGAUGGCUACAUUGACCUUCAGUUUAAGAAAACUCCUCCUAAGAUCCCUUAUAAGGCCAUCGCACUUGCCACUGUGCUGUUUUUGAUUGGCGCCUUUCUCAUUAUUAUAGGCUCCCUCCUGCUGUCAGGCUACAUCAGCAAAGGGGGGGCAGACCGGGCCGUUCCAGUCCUGAUCAUUGGCAUUCUGGUGUUCCUACCGGGUUUUUACCACCUGCGCAUCGCUUACUACGCAUCCAAAGGCUACCGUGGUUACUCCUAUGAUGACAUUCCAGACUUUGAUGACUAGCACCCACCUAAUAGCUGAGGAGAAGAGUCACAGUGGAACUGCCCCAGCUUUAAGAUACCUAGCAGAAACUAUAGCUAAGGACUAAGGAAUUCUUCUGCUUGCAGAUGUUUAAGAAAAUAAUGGCCAGAUUGUAUGGGUCCUUCCCAAAGAUGUUAACUGAACCUACAGUAGCUAAUUAGGACAUGCUCUGUUUUUCAUCCGUUGGCCCUGGCAAGAGCUCCUGACAAGUUUUUCCACAGGAAUAUCAUGGAAAAAUAGAGGUUAUUCUGUAAUGGAAAAGUGUUGCCUGCCACCACCCUCUGUAGAGCUGAGCAUUUCUUUUAAAUAGUCUUCAUUGCCAAUUUCCUCUUGUAGCAAAUGGAAGAAUGUAGUAUGGCUAAUUUCUUAUUACUAAGUAAUUUAUUUUUAAAAUAUCUGAGUAUAUUAUCCUCUACACUUAUCCCUACCUUCAUGUUCCAGUGGAAGGCCUUAGUAAAAUCAAAGAUCAGUGAGUUCAUUGGUAAUGUUUUUUUACUUGCUUAUUGACAGCAACCAGGAAUUUUUUUUUUUCCUGCAGAGCAAGUUUUCAAAAUGUAAAUACUUUCUCUGUUUAACAGCCCUUGCCCCAUUCUGAUCCAGUUCACCAGUAGAUUGGACAGCAUACAAUUUGGAUCAUUUUGUCCCUUGUAAAUCAAAAUGUUCUGUAGAUUAUUCCUUUAAUGGCUGGACUUUUGGCUGUUUCCUAAUGAAACAUGUAGAUAAGUGGUUAUUAUUUUGAGUUUAUAACCCUAUUGCUAGCACCUUGUAUGAUGUCAUCAUUCUGCUCAUGAUUCCAAGGAUCAGCCUGGAUGCCUAGAGGACUAGAUCACCUUAGUUUGAUUCUAUUUUUUAGCUUGCAAAAGGUGACUUAUAUUCCAAAGAAAUUAAAAUGUUGAAAUCCAGAUCCUGGAAUUAAAAUGAGUUAACUUUAAACAUU